AUGCAAACACAUGCCCUUGGUUUUUCUCGUAAGGCGGAUGAGGUGCAGCCCCUUAUUAUUGCAGUUAUAGGAGCCACAGUUGACCUCUCCAAAACGAAAAUCUUUCCAACAUUAUUUGCUUUAUAUUACAAUGGAUUUCUCCCUGAGAUCGGUAUUGCAGAGAAAAGAAAAAUUACAGAUGGAGAUCUGAGAUCACCAAUAGCAUCAACGUUGACAUGUCGUGUUGAUCAUCAGUAUGGCCUGUUUAGUCCGGGACUAUGGAUUUCGUUUCAUUACCUCUCCUCCUCCAGCUCACAACUCGCGCUCAUCAGGUUGACGAGGUCUUAUUACUCACUAUCAAUUCGUCCUCUUUCUCCUCGCCAACAACAAGAUGUUUUUGAUUCAAAAGCUGGUGCUGAGCUUCUUGACUUGGUUCACAAGAAGUUGCAAAGGAGGAGUAUGUCUUCUCAGGUAGAAGAUGGAGGAUUUCUACCCGUGAAUUAUUCUUUGGAAUCAUUAAUUGACGAGCAUGCAGUCUCGCCACCUGAAAGCUAUCCAAUUCCUGGCUCAGAGUCAAAUGAUGCAUCUGAUGCUAUGCUGCCUUACAAUUAUUGCAGUCUCAGUGCUGAACAAAAGAAAGAGUUUCUAGAAAUUACCAAGAACAGCCUUGAAGUACUAUCCAGUUUGUUGAGCUCUGAAGCAGAGCCCAAAGUCAUUGAGAUGAAAGUAUCAGAGAGGACAUCGAUAAGGGCUGCAUGUAAGGAGGUUUUUCAUGAAGUGAAAACUCUGAUGGAUACGGAGGCUAUAGAUUCAGUCAAGAAAACACAACACCUGAUAUUAGGAAGGUUGCAAGACAGCAAUGCAGUGCUUUCACAUUUCAAUGAAUACUCAGAGAAUUGCUAUGCAAUCUUUUUUAACAUCGGGCUUUACUUUGCUUGAAACUCGAUUUGGUUUCAUGUUUUUAAGAGUAUAGAGUUUAUGCUAUUGUAUAAAUUUUGAUUCAGCAAUCUCCAUUGGUAGUAACCAAUUUCCGUUUAUUGAUGGCCAGGUCUCAAAUUGAUCCCAAGAUAGGCGUCGACUUGCCCUUGGAAGAUAUCUUCUUUUAGGACUUCAUAAGAAGAAAGAUAUAUUGAAUCAAUCAAGUCAAGCAAGUUAAUGAGCGGUAGUUUUCUAUCUUAGGUGGCCAUAGAUAGCACUAAUUUUCAUGAACAUUCAAUGGUUCUGUACAUUUUAGAUGAACGGUUACGUACAUCAUUUUAGCCCCGAGACCCUCGCUUUGCACGAUUUAGAACUGUGGCACCAGUUAUAUAUUAUUAAAUGUUGCCAAUGGUGUGGUUCCUGUUAAAGGUGUUAGCCGAGUUGAGCUCAAGGAAAAUCCCUGAUAUUCAAAACUCAUGCUUAUAAAUUGAACUAAGAGGUGUUGCAUUAUUUAAGAUAUGGAUUUAUGUAUUAUUUAGUGUA